GCUUCCCUUUAAACUGCACAGAGUAAAGGGGAGUGAAGGGGAGGAAUUUUGAGAUUCGAAUUCUGAAAUCUCACUCCCUGGUUUAGUGGAGAAGACAUCGGAACCAAGAGCAACAUAGCCCGGCCGUUUGGUACGUUUUAUUCAUGGCAGAAAUGUUAGCAAUAUCAGUUAGUCAUAGAAAAACUGUAGAUCACUACGGAGACAAAAUCCAUAAACGUCACUGUUAAUUGCGAAUGAAUAAUCUGAAUCAGAAUGAAUAUGUCCGGAAAAGAGUUUCCAUUGGCGGAUCAUAAGUAGUAAGGAGAACACGUGUCCAAUUUUCCCUCAUUUUUUUCCUCCCUGAUCUGGAUUUUUAACUUGUCGCGUCAACAAGGAAAAGCCUGAAAAAAAAUAAAGGACACAACCGCAAGUGGCUUUUUCUUCUGAUGGACAUCUUGGCUUUUAGAUCCGAAGAGAAUAGUUUUAGUAUUCUCCCAUCGGCGGCAACAAUGCUUUUCCAUGGCCUCCCCGGAGGCGACGUGCACGGCGUGGUGGAAGAAAUGGACCGGAGAGGGAAGAGCGAGUCAGCGGCCAUCAGCUCAGCUAUCGAUAUGGGCGAGUCGGAGACGGCCAUCCCGUGCCUGACAACAGAGCGCGUGGCCCUGUGCGCAGGCUGCGGAAGGAAGAUCGCUGACCGCUACUACCUGCUGGCUGUCGACAAGCAGUGGCAUAUGCGCUGCCUCAAGUGUUGCGAGUGCAAACUCAACCUGGAGUCGGAACUCACCUGCUUCAGCAAGGACGGCAGCAUCUACUGUAAGGAGGAUUAUUACAGAAGAUUUUCGGUGCAGAGAUGCGCUCGUUGUCAUCUCGGCAUCUCUGCCUCGGAGAUGGUGAUGCGCGCCCGGGAUCUGGUCUACCACCUCAACUGCUUCACAUGCACUACCUGCAGCAAGAUGCUCACCACCGGGGACCACUUUGGCAUGAAGGACAGUCUGGUGUACUGUCGGCUGCACUUCGAGACUCUCAUCCAGGGAGACUAUCAGACACAUUUUAAUCACGCGGAUGUGGUGCCACAUAAGAGCCUGGGCCCGGCCAACACGCUCGGACUAUCCUACUUCAACGGAGUGGGGACAGUGCAGAAAGGCCGGCCAAGGAAAAGGAAGAGCCCUGGACCCGGAGCAGAGCUGGCAGCAUAUAACGCAGCGUUGAGCUGCAAUGAGAAUGACAGUGAGUCAAUGGACAGGGAUUCCCAGUAUAGCUCCAGUCAGAAAACCAAGCGCAUGAGGACAUCCUUCAAACACCACCAGUUGAGAACCAUGAAGUCCUACUUUGCCAUCAACCAUAAUCCAGACGCCAAGGACCUCAAGCAGCUCGCCCAGAAGACAGGCCUCACUAAGCGGGUCUUACAGGUCUGGUUCCAGAACGCUCGGGCCAAAUUCAGGAGGAACCUUCUGCGACAAGAAAGCACCGGUGCAGACAAGACCUCCGACGGCUCCACACUGCCGGGAGGCACGCCGUCAGGACCGGCCUCUGAAAUCUCAAAUGCUUCCAUGAGCCCCUCCAGCACCCCCACCACCCUGACAGACUUGACCAACCCCACUAUGCCGACAGUUACCUCUGUGCUUGCCUCAGUCGCAGGCGGCAUGGACGUUCACGAGUGUAGGAGCCCGUCACAGACCACACUGACUAGCCUUUUCUGAUGAACGGAGCCUGAUUGCAACCAUCCCUUCCUCUGCUACACCCUGCUGAGUUGAA